UCGGAUGCCUGCCUGCCGCCUCGCUUCCCUGCGUUACUGUUAAAAUCCGGAAGCUCCACGCUACGCUAAGCUCCGUCGACGCGUCUGUCUCUCUCCCCAAUCCGAAUCCCACAGCCCUCCUUGACCGUUCCAUUUAUACCCUCUUCUCCUUCCCCCUUCGCCGCCUCUGCCUGACCCUGCCCCGGAUUGCAGCCCGGCCGGCGUCUCCCCUUCUGCUAGAUCUCAAACAUCCAAGAUGACGACUACAUUCACAACACCAAUCUUCUGCAACUUCAGGGCCAACCCACACCUGCAGCAGCUGCCUCUACGGAGCCACAGCAGCACGAGGCAAGCCCAGCAUCUGCACCUGAGCCCGGUGCGGAUCAUGCCGAUACCGACAUCACCAGGCUCGAGGACAUCUAACGACUUCCGCGCCGCGGCGGCCGCGUACAAGGUGAAGCUGAUCGGGCCGGAAGGGAAGGAGAGCGUGCUGGACGUGGCGGAGGACAGCUACAUCCUGGACGCGGCCGAGGAGGCCGGCGUCGAGCUUCCUUACUCGUGCCGCGCCGGCGCGUGCUCCACAUGCGCCGGCAAGGUCCUGGAGGGCGCCGUGGACCAGUCGGACCAGUCGUUCCUCGACGAAGCCCAGGUCGGCGCCGGCUACGCGCUCACCUGCGUCGCCUACCCCACCUCCGACUGCGUCAUCCAGACGCACAGGGAGUCCGACCUGUACUAGAUGAGUUCAUUUCCGAGCCCGUAGUGUAAUAAUCUUGGCGCUGUGAUCCCGUCUGAUUGCGUAGCUGUCGAUGAGACUUGGCUAGAUUUUGUUCUGGAUUUCAAAUCGUUGUCUGUCUACGCUUUAACCUGAGCAGCUCUCUCCAUGUCCUCAUGUGGAUA